UCUGGGUUUUGGUGUUCCGCGCAAUGCUGCGAGGGGAAGACCAGAAGCUGACAACGAAACACUUCAAUUAGCUUUAGCAGAAGAGAAAUGGAGGAACCAUAGAGCAUUAAGGAUGAAUUCAGGAAGAUCCGAGACCAUGGAGAACUUGCCUGCUCUCUACACUAUUUUCCAAGGAGAGGUUGCUAUGGUCACAGACUAUGGAGCCUUUAUCAAAAUCCCAGGCUGUUGGAAGCAAGGUCUGGUCCAUCCAACUCACAUAUCAUCCUGUCGCGUGGAUAAGCCCUCUGAGAUAGUAGAUGUUGGCGACAAAAUGUGGGUGAAACUUAUUGGCCGAGAGAUGAAAAAUGAUAGGAUAAAAGUAUCCCUCUCCAUGAAGGUUGUCAACCAAGGGACUGCGAAGGACCUUGAUCCCAACAAUGUUAUCAUUGAGCAGGAAGAGAGGCGGAGGUCAUCCUUCCAGGAUUACACUGGGCAGAGGAUCACCCUCGAGGCUGUCCUGAACGCCACCUGCAAGAAGUGUGGCUGUAAAGGCCACUUUGCAAAGGAUUGUUUCAUGCAACCAGGUGGGGCCAAGUAUUCUCUGAUACCUGAUGAGGAAGAGGAGAAAGAAGAGCCAAAGUCAGCAGAGUUUGAAAAGCCUGACACCACGAGAAAUUCUUCUAGAAAAAGAAAGAAAGAAAAGAAGAAAAAGAACUCUCCCAUUCAUUCACCCACCUUCAUUCAGCAGGAGGUCGUAUUACCCUCUCCAGCUGCCACUGCCAGAGCCAGAUUCCUGUACCGGAGUCCAGGCUAG